AUGCAGCAGCGAUGGGUGAGGAAAGGGGGAGUAGAGGGGUCCCCGGCUGAGGAUGUGGGUGGACUCAGGGCUGCAGCAGAACUGAGCCAAGUUCCAGAGGAGGACGAGUUCCUGGGUCUGGGGGAGCUGCCGGAGACCUUCCCCUCGGACCCCCCGGAGCCUCUGCCGGUCUUCCUGAUGGAGCCGGAGGAGGCGUACAUCGUCAAGAACAAGCCGGUCAACCUGUACUGCAAGGCCACGCCCGCCACGCAGAUCUACUUCAAGUGCAACAGCGAGUGGGUGCACCAGAAGGAGCACACGGUGGAGGAGCGGGUGGACGAGAACUCUGGCCUGGUGGUGCGAGAGGCCAGCAUCGAGAUCACCCGGCAGCAGGUGGAGGAGCUGUUCGGGCCGGAGGACUUCUGGUGUCAGUGUGUGGCCUGGAGCUCGGCCGGGACCACCAAGAGCCGCAAAGCUCACGUCCGGAUCGCCUGUGAGUAA